AGUUUGGGGCAAGGGGGUAGAGAUAGCACCAUGGAACCCCCCUUCCUGGCCCCAUUCUGGGAAGAUUUCUAUGGAAACCGCCUGUUCAACAACUUCUCUCUCAUAAAUGGGAGUGGAUUGCUUCUCAAUGUGACCCAGGACACCUUUCUGCCCAUCGGCCUCAAGGUCACCAUCGUGGUUGUCUACCUGGCUGUGUUUAUAGGGGGUCUGUUGGGGAACUGCCUUGUCAUGUAUGUCAUUAUCAGACACACAAAGAUGAAGACAGCCACAAACAUUUACAUCUUUAACUUGGCACUGGCAGAUGCGCUGGUCCUGUUGACUCUGCCCUUCCAGGGCACCGAUGUUUUCCUGGGCUACUGGCCAUUCGGAAACGUGCUGUGCAAGACAGUCAUUGCCAUUGAUUACUACAACAUGUUCACUAGCACCUUCACCUUGACUGCCAUGAGUGUGGACCGAUACAUUGCCAUCUGCCACCCAGUCCGGGCCCUGGACAUCCGAACACCCAACAAGGCCAAGGCAGUCAACGUUGGCAUCUGGGCCCUGGCUUCUCUCAUUGGUGUUCCUGUUACAGUCAUGGGCUCAGCCCAGAUGGAUGAUGAUGAGAUCGAAUGCCUGGUGGAGAUCCCUGCCCCUGAGGAUUACUGGGGCCCCGUGUUUGGGGUCUGCGUGUUCCUCUUCUCAUUUGUGAUCCCUGUCCUCAUUAUCUCAGCCUGCUACAGCCUUAUGAUCCGGAGGCUUCGAAGCGUUCGAGUACUCUCUGGCUCUAGGGAGAAGGACCGCAAUCUGCGGCGUAUCACUCGCCUUGUCUUAGUGGUAGUGGCUGUGUUUGUGGGGUGCUGGACCCCCGUCCAGGUGUUUGUGCUGGCUCAGGGCCUGGGAGUCCAGCUGGCCAGUGAAGCUGCGGUGGCUGCCCUACACUUCUGCAUUGUCCUGGGUUAUGCCAACAGUGGCCUGAAUCCCAUCCUCUACGCUUUCUUGGAUGAGAACUUCAAGGCCUGUUUUCGUAAGUUCUGCUGUGCGUCUUCCCUGCGCCGGGAGCUGCAGGUGUCUGACCGUGUGCGGAGCAUUGCCAAGGAUGUGGCAUUUGCCUGCAAGACUUCAGAAACUGCACCUAGGCCUGCCUGA